AUGCCUAUGGCUAGGCACCCCUUUGGUCUAACCUUGACAAGAGAGUUUGAAAGGGAGCCGUCUCCAGGAGAAACAUCAUCUGCUUCUGCUCUGGACAAGCUCACCGAGUUGGCAGACUCAACUUCUCCUGUCCCUCCAGGAUGGGACAAAAGAGCACCUUGUGAUGCUGAUCUAGCAUCUCUCAAGGAUGAUAAGCAUUUCCAAGCAUCCAGUGAUGACCACAAAACCAACAGAGUGCAUUGCAUUUCUUUGCGGAAGACCUCUGGCGAAUCUGAUGACUUUGCAUCCCUUGCCUUUCCAAAGAAGCUCUGGAGAAUUGUCCUAAGCUUCUGGUUUCAGUCCAUUCGGUCAGAUGAUGACGGCAUCUGUGUUGCCAUCAAUGAAACCCUCAGAAAGGACGUACUAGCAAGGAGAUAACCUCACAGAGUUUUUGAAACUGACAUAAUGAAAAGUAUUAUCCAUCAGCUCAACCUCUAUGGAUUCAACCAAGUGCAAUGCAACUCCAAAACAUCUGACUCACUUGAUGAGUUCCUGGCAGAAGAAACAGCAGCACUUUCUGCUCACAGCAAGAACCCCAACUUCAAGAGAGAUGAUCACCACCUGCUCAAGAGGUGCAAGCAAAGAGUUGGCCACAAGAGGAGAGCAACAGCUGCAUUUUCACCGGGCCUGGCUUGGAAGGAAGACCGCCCCACAAGAAGCCCAGACAUGCAGCCUGGGGGGCAGCCACUGCUGUCAAGCCUCGUGCCCCCUCCCUUUUACGACCACAGCACAGCCAGGCCCCGCCUGGCCUCCAGCAGGCUGCUUCUGCUGCACCUGCUCCUUCACCAAGCCCCAGCACACCUCACAAACAACUGGACACCUUGCACACCAGGGCUGGGGCUUCCCGCCUUUCCACCCCUGCAGACAGGCACAGCAGCUCUGCAGGCCCCUGGGGCUGCCCUGCCUCCCUUCUGGCACCCAUGGUUUCCCAUGGUUGUCCAUGCUGGCAGCAGCCUCUGCUCUGGCCAUGCCAGGGCCACCGCACACCCAAAUCCCAGCCGCCCCUCACUGCCCAACUUGCACCUGCAGCCCAAACCCUGCUGCUGUAAAUGCCCGGCUGGUACCCCACUGCCCAUUAGACUAGAUCAAGUAGACACACUAGGUACCCAGCCAGUAGAGUGUCAGACAUCUGGAAAUAAACUGUCUCAGUAA